ACAGGACGGGGGCGGGCCUUCCUGCCGGAAGUUGUCGUCCCGCAGUUGUUUCGGUUGGCAGUCUAGCUGGAAGGAGUAGUGCCGGCCAAGGAACCGCAGCGAGGGUUAGACCUUCCAAGGCAGUUUAGAGCUGGGGACUGAGCUGCUGUGGUGCAGUCAGGUCAUGAGCCCGACCACGCACUGGGGAGAGUGGUUCCUGAAUCUGUGGGUGCCCCCCGCCGGUGUAUUUGGUGUGGCCUUCCUUGCCCGAGUGGCCCUGGUUUUCUAUGGGCUCUUCCAGGACCGGACCCUGCUCGUGAGGUAUACGGACAUCGACUACCACGUCUUCACCGACGCCGCGCGUUUCGUCACGGAAGGGCGCUCCCCUUACCUGAGGGCGACGUACCGUUACACUCCGCUGCUGGGGUGGCUCCUCACUCCCAACAUCUAUCUCAAUGAGCUCUUUGGAAAGUUUCUCUUCGUCAGCUUCGACCUCCUCACCGCCUUCCUCUUAUACCGGCUACUGCUUCUUAAGGGGCUGGGUCGCCGCCAGGCUUGCGGUUACUGUGUCUUUUGGCUUCUUAACCCCCUACCUAUGGCGGUGUCCAGCCGAGGCAAUGCGGACUCAAUCGUCUCCUCCCUGGUGCUUAUGACCCUGUACCUAAUAGAAAAAAGGCUCGUCGCGUGUGCUGCUAUAUUCUAUGGUUUCGCAGUGCAUUUGAAGAUGUAUCCGGUGACCUAUAUCCUUCCCAUAGCACUCCACUUGCUUCCGGAACGCGACAGCGACGAAGGCCUCCGUCAAUUCCGGUAUUCUUUCCAGGCUCGUCUGUAUGAAUUCUUGAAGAGGCUGUGUAAUCGGGCUGUGCUGCUCUUCGUAGCCGUUGCUGGACUCACGUUUUUUGCCCUGAGCUUCAGUUUUUACUACAAAUAUGGUUGGGAGUUUUUGGAGCACACCUACCUGUAUCACCUGACCAGGCGGGAUAUCCGUCACAACUUCUCUCCAUACUUCUACAUGCUGUAUUUGACCGCAGAGAGCAAGUGGAGUUUUUCCCUGGGAAUUGCCGCAUUCCUGCCACAAUUCAUCUUGCUUUCAGCAGUGUCUUUCGCUUAUUACAGAGACCUUGCCUUUUGUUGUUUUCUUCAUACGUCUAUUUUUGUGACAUUUAACAAAGUCUGCACCUCCCAGUACUUUCUUUGGUACCUCUGCCUCCUGCCCCUUGUGAUGCCACUAGUGAGAAUGCCUUGGAGAAGAGCUGUGGUUCUCCUGACGUUAUGGUUCAUAGGGCAGGCCUUAUGGCUGGCUCCUGCUUAUGUUCUUGAGUUUCAAGGAAAGAACACCUUUCUGUUUAUCUGGUUAGCUGGUUUGUUCUUCCUCCUUAUCAACUGUUCCAUCCUCAUUCAAAUCAUUUCCCAUUACAAGGAGGAACCCCUGACAGACAGAACCAAAUAUGACUGAUAGAUGCUCCAGUUCUUCUGCAACUUCCAUUCUGAGUGUUCUGAAUGGACCAAAGAGAGCUUUGGAAAGAAUUUUUUUGAACAUCCUAAGCACUCUAGUGAAACUUCAGUUUAGAGCAUAAAACCCUAUUCUAACAAAUUUAAAUGAAUGUUUGCCUUAUAAAGGGGCCUCAGUAACUGAGGUCCACCCUUUAGGAAAUCUCAGGACUCAUUUAUCUGGGACAUGAUGGGAAGUAAAGGUUACUAGUUUGAAAACAGAAGGGCUGAUGAAAUUAUCAGAUGCUAAAAGGUUUUUGUAGAAAAUAGAGAAAAAGUCAAAAAACAUAAAGUCUAAGCCAGUAUUUGUUCCAAUAUUUAUAC